AUGCGAACUGAGAAUGUGAUAGCUCAAGAUUCGUCGAUGACUAAGUUCAAGGUCAAGGCCACAUCACCCGAAUACAAGUUCAAUGAGCAAGAAUCAAAACAAGUUGCUGCGCCCACUGACGAUGCAUCGGAACCUCCGACUUGUUCAACCUCACAACACGAUUCAUCAGAAUCAAAGCAAGAGAUCCGGUCUUUACUUGCUGCAGUGCCAAAGCCAAGAAGUAUGUUAGAAGAGAUGGCUAAAAAACCAGUUUUUUUCCCUCCACAACCCAGACCACCGACUCCACAAGAAUCUCUUCCUGCUCCAGCAGCUGGAGGAUUUAAUGGCCCGACGAGAUUUCCGGUUAUACCGUUGCGCCCGAAUGCGCCUAAGAAGCCGCUGAUUUAUGAGAUGCCAAUUGUUACAGAAAUGGUUCGUGAACGUCGACAGCAGGAAGAGGACGAAGAACGUCGACGCUAUUAUGAAGAAGAAAAUAAUAAACAGCGUACUUUUGGUAAAGGAGGCUCCAACCUCACUCCACCGGACCCAUUUGAUAGAAAAGAAGCUGCAUAUUUUUCAUUUGGACGCCCUGAAAAUUCAAAUGAAGACGAUCGAGACGAAAAUGCUCAAAUUGGCUUUGGUGAGAAUGUAAUAAUAGACGAAAUCGCACUGGCUGAAAGAUUAAAAGAAGGCUCUCCUACCAGAGAGGAAAUUUUGGAAUCAAAAGAAGCUUUUACGACAAUGCCUGUCCCAGACGCUCUCAAUAAGAAGGAAAGUAAUGAUCAGGGUGGGACUGUUUCUUCGCCAACAACAUCAGCAUCGUCGAGCUCGUGGUUUUCUUCGUCGCCGUCUUCUUGGAAUUCUUCAAGAACUCUCACGAAGUCGACAAGUCAAAGUAGCGGAGGAACUUCAUCUUAUGACGAUGAUGAAGAAGAUUUCGAUGUUUAUGAUGAUUAUGAGACAGAUCAACCGCAAAAGACGACUCAGGUGCUGCUUCUUCAUGAAAUAAAGAAAAAACGAAUGGAGGAGCUUGCAACAAUUGUCGAAGAUAGCGACUCAGAGGCCGAAUCCCUACAUUCUUCACCGCGGGCAUCUAACAGUCAAUCAGUAGACUUACAAAAGGAAGAAGAUGUGAUGGAAAUAGAAAAUAAUGACGUAAAGGCAAAGACAGAUGAAGGGCCAAAGGCAGAUGAAGAAUUAAAAGCUGAUGAAGAGCCAAAGAAAGAGGAGGACGUUUUUGUACCACGAAGAUCAAAACGUCAGAAAUUUCAAACUGAUUUCUAUGGAUAUGGAAAGAAAAAAUGA